CAGACUGCAACAAGCAAACAGGGACUUGAAUUGAACAGAAAACGAAAACUCUCUCUCUCUCUCUCGAUUUUCCUCCAUUGAAUUCAAUCAAAAUGGACGCAGAAUUGUUAGAAUUGGCGAGACAAUUUGAGUCCGCGCAGCAAGCGAAAUCGAGCAUCCGAUUAUCUGAAAGAAACGUCGUCGAAUUAGUCCAAAAACUCCACGAGCUUCACAUCAUCGAUUUCGACCUUCUCCACACUGUCUCCGGCAAAGAAUACAUCACUCCUGAGCAAUUAAGGCAUGAAAUGGUGUUGGAGAUCAAGAAAUUAGGGCGUGUUUCCUUGAUAGAUCUUGCGGAUAUUACUGGCGUUGAUUUAUAUCAUGUCGAGAACCAAGCUCAACGAGUCGUUUCGGAUGACCCGAGCGGGCUGAUGUUGAUUCAAGGAGAAAUUAUUUCGCAUUCUUAUUGGGACAGUGUUGCUGAAGAAAUCAAUGAGAGGCUUCAAGAAUGCAGUCAAAUUGCUUUGGCGGAAAUCGCAGCUAACUUGAAUGUUGGCUCUGAACUUGUGGCUUCCAUGUUGGAAGCUCGCCUCGGAACUCUGGUGAAAGGUAGGCUUGAAGGUGGACAAUUGUAUACACCAGCUUAUGUUACUCGUGUUAGCGCCAUGGUUCGUGGUGCUGCGAGGGGUGUUACCGUUCCUACAAAUUUGUCUUUUUUGUGGGGAACCCUGCAGCAGUUGUUGCAAGCAAUGGAUGGAGCUGGUGGUGUGGCUACUGAAAGUUCAUUUUUCCAAUCCUUAUUUAAUGGGCUGGCGAAGGAAGGGGAGAUUCUUGGAUCACUUCGAGCAGGAGUUCAUUGGACUCCAACUGUGUUUGCCACUGCUCAAAGGGAGUGUGUAGAUUCUUUCUUUUCUCAGAAUUCUUUUAUCAGUUAUGAUACUCUGCAAAAGCUUGGAAUUUCCCAGCCUGUUCAUUUCUUGCAGUCCAGAUAUGCUGAAGGUAUACCUCUGGUAACUGCAUUUGCUCAUCCCUCAAUGAUUGAGAUGUUGGAUGCUGCUGUUGAGGAUGCUAUUGACCGUAGUAGCUGGAUUGAUUCUCUUUCUGUAUUACCCACUUCUUUUGGAUCCCAAGAUGCUUCUAAGAUUUUGUCGCAUUGUAAUUCUGUUCAGUCAGCACUCAAGGGUAAUAAAGGAAUGAUCCUGGGGGAUUCAUAUGUAUUUAGCAAUGGUUUUAUCAAGGAUGUUUAUGAUCGGAUGGAGAAAGAGCUGGAUGUCUUUAGGCUCUCAGGGUCAUCUGGUGUUAUACUGAGUGAUGACUUUCAUUUGGUCAUGGAAGCUAAAAUUAGAACUGAUUCCAGCCGGUCUGGUGAAGUAAAUGAGAAAAAGAAGAAAAAGGGGAAAUCAUCUGGAGCAAGAACUGAAAUCCUUCUAGAUGAUGAGGAAAUUAUUCCUUUGAAAUCUAAGAAAAACCAAAGGAAAGGCAAGGAGGCAUCUUUGGUCCUGUCUGAUACAAAAAAGGGAGCUAAGAAAGAUUUAGCUAGAACACAAGAGGAUGAUCUUAACAUUCCUUCUGAUGAUUGGAUAAUGCAAAAGAUCCUGACUCUGAUUCCUGAUUUUGAAGAGCAAGCUGAUCUGGCAGGUUUGGAAGAUCCACAGACAAUUCUUGGACCUUUAGCUAACUAUAUGAGACCUAUGUUAAUUAGUUCCUUAAAGGAGAAAAGAAAGACAUUAUUUACAGAAAAUGCUGGGAAAAUGAAGCACCUGCUUGAUAAUUUACAAAAGAAGCUUGAUGAGGCUUUCUUAAAUAUGCAACUGUAUGAAAAGGCACUAGAUUUAUUUGAGGAUGACCAAUCAACCUCUGCUGUCUUGCACAGGCAUUUGUUAAGAACAAUGGCUGCUUCUAUUGGAGAUAUGCUUUUUCAUAACUUGGACAUGCACAACAAAUUAAAGAACGGAAUUAAUGUUGAAGAGUCUCCAAAUUCAGAAUCUAUCAUGCUUGGUUCCGCAGAAAGAACUGCUCUUGCAAAAAGCUUUCCAGGAUCCCUUUCAAAAAAGGCUCUUGCAGUAGUUGAAGCUUUGGAAGGGAAGCGGGUGGAAGCUUUCAUGACGUCACUAAGAGAGCUGGCAGAGGAGAGUGGGUUGCACUUGAAAAAGCUUGACAAGAAAUUGGAAAGAACUCUUCUGCACUCAUACCGCAAGGAUUUGACAGCUCAAGUUUCUGCUGAAACUGAUCCAGUUCUUCUUCUGCCUAAAGUUGUUUCCCUGCUUUAUAUUCAGGUUCGCAAUAAAGCUCUUCAGGCCCCUGGAAGGGCCAUUUCUGUAGCUGUUUCUCGAUUGAAGGACAAACUAGAUGAUUCAGCAUUCAAGAUCCUGACAGAAUAUCAAACUGCUACAGUAACACUUCUGUCGCUUUUAUCUGCUUCGACUGGUGAUGAAGAAGACUGUACAUCUGACAGGAUUUUAAGUAAAAGGGAGCUCCUGGGGAACUUGAUGCCAGCAUUGAAAGGCCUAGUUUUGGGAACCGCUCAAUCUUGACUUGAACUGAUUUCAGAUCUUUGGCAGCUGGAAAAAUCUUCUAAAAGUGAAGGUGUUAAUUUACCAUUGUAGGUGACCAUCUCUUAGCAACCAGCUUGAUUUAGAAAAGACGGAUCUGCGAAAUAGUUAGUUCAAGAUUAGGGUUGGUUGGUUCAUAAUAGGGUUAUAAAGGUGGGAACAUGAUUAAAGGAGCAGCAGCAUUUGAGGCAAAAUUAUGAGGAACCUUGUAACAUCCUUGUGGUUGCAAAUGAUUUCUACUAAAAAGAUUCUUGUCAUUUUUCAAUCACAAAAGCAAACAGAUCUUAUCGUUGCUUUUGUCUCUAAAAGUUUUGCUUGCAGACAAUAAAUUUUAUCAUUAGCUGUUCUUGAAA